ACAACUCCAAUUGAAACAUCCACCUUUAUCACAGCAGAAACAUAUACAACAACAGAGCCCUCCACAAUCACAACAACUUCUGCAGAAACAUCUACCACUAGUUCAGCAGAAACAUCUACAAAAACAGAGACUUCUAUCAUCACAACAGCUCCUCCUGAAACAUCCACUUCCAUUGCAGCAGAAACAUCUAAAACAACAGAGACUUCCACAAUUACAACAACUCCAGUUGAAACAUCAACCAUUAUCACAGCAGAAACAUAUACAACAACAGAGCCCUCCACAAUCACAACAACUUCUGCAGAAACAUCUAUCACUAGUACAGCAGAAACAGCUACAACAACCGAAACUUCCACGAUCACAACUUCUGCUGAAACAUUCACAACUAGUGUAGCAGAAACAUCUACAACAACAGAGCCCUCCACAAUCACAACAACUUCUGCAGAAACAUCUAUCACUAGUACAGCAGAAACAUCUACAACAACAGAAACAUCCACCACCAGUGCAGCAGAAACAUCUAUAACAACAGAGACUUCCACAAUCACAACAACUUACAGAAACAACAUCAACAGCUACUACAACACAUCCUUCAACAGUGACAUCAACUGCUUCUGGAAAUACUACUGCAGGAAUUUCAAGAACAGCACCUCAAACAAUAUCUUCUGCAGGAACUUCUGUGAUUCCCUCUUCAUCCACUAUUGA